AUCACACUGGUCAGCAUCUCCCUAGAUUUUGCCUUUGGCGAGCGGCCAAUCCGCAAUGAAGGAGUUUCUGGUGGUCUAUUGGCCUUGGCUAUUUACGCUGGCCACCAUCGCUUUGGGGGCUGUCGUGGACGCGGCGGAGUGUGUUUGGCCUCCGAAGCUGGAUCUCUCUGGGAAGCAGCUGGCCAAGCUCUUCUCGACCCCGGUGUUCCUAUGCACGGCGGUGCCCGCGGUGCUGGUGACGCCUGUUUUGGCGCAGCUGGCACGGGGCCGUUUGAGCCGCUCGGACCGGGCAUCGCUGGUCUGGUGGAGUGUGAACCUUUUCUGGUUUCACACUGGCUGCGACAUCCUCAGCGGCUACUACCAGAUCAUGCCGGUGUUCACGGAGCUCUACACUCACAUGAACACGGCGCACGGAUAUGCGCGCUGGCAUCCGGAGCGCGCGCCUUUGGACUGCGCGUAUGGGCUGGAGCUCUUCUUCGAGGCGCCCUUCGCAGCGUGGCUUGUGUACCUCUUCUGGAAGCAGGACAAGGCCCGGUACCUGGUGGAGCUCUGGGCUUUGGGAGUGCAGUUCGCAGGCACGGUGGUCUACUACCUGCCCGCGCUCAUGCGCGGAGAAUUCUCUUGCUGGUUGAGCUAUGCAGAUCGCGCGUGUGGCAGCGUGUGGAUCAUGUUCCCGGCAUAUGUCUUCUGGCGCUCGGUGAAGACCGCUAGGUCUGAGUCAACGGGCAAGAAGCAGAAGCACAAGUGAGCUGCGGUCCCACCAUUGGGCGGAUGGCUGUUUACCUUUUGGCGGCUCAAGCGUUGCA